AUGUCAUCCUUCAAAGAAAGUUGGACUCCAAAGAUGAGACUCCCUAUAUUUCUAAGAAAGGGACCGAUGGAGAUUCCGCCCCCAACAGAGAAAGACUGGUCUAAGGAUGAUGAUGACGAGUGUGUCUUCCGUGACUUGGACCCGUGGCUGGAUCCCCUGCCUCAGCCUUACCGACUGAUAAACAAGCUGGUGAACCUUCUGUUUGACCGGUGUUGGGAAGUCAUUGAAGAGAGGGAGGCAUUGAGGGAAGAUGAGAGAAGCCGGGUCAAGCCCACCAUCUACCCUCCUGUUGCAGAAAUCCCGCUCAACAAAGUACCCAACUGUAUGGCUGUUUCCCAAGACUAUCUGUUUAUUGGCGGAACCAGGGGAUUCUCAAUCUACAAUCUGUACACUAACCGGACAUAUGUUUGGGAGAAAUUGAAGGUUGAUGUCACUUCCAUCUGGGCCACAGAUUUAGGGAAUGAAAUACUUCUCACUCUUGUGGAUGAAAUGGGCAUCGCUAGACUGUUUUACUUUUAUAAGGACACUCUUUUCCUAAUCAAAGCUAUCAAUGAAGUGGAUGACAACAGCAAGCAAAGCAUCUGUGUGAAGAUAGAGGUUUCACAAGCUGGUGACUUCGCUGCCUUCCUCCUCCAAGGAGCUGCAGAUGUGUGGCUGGAGGUGUAUAAAUUGCCCAAGGAUUCUUGGCUCAAGGAAGUGGAGCACCCCCAACUCACUCUAAAUUCAAAGAAAAAAGUCAGACUGCUGCAGCAGAGCACUCUUGAUCCUGCCAACACGGAUAGUUCAGAAGCGGUUAUAGACAGGUCUGUUUCUUCCACAUCUGUGAAGUUUUUGAACAUUUCCUUUAGAGGUGAUGUUAAGCUGACUCUCCCCAUCUUCAUCAUGAAGAUCAAGCCUCCGAAGCCCAUAACAGGCACCACAUUUAAAAGCCCCCUGGAUGUCAUGGCAAAGAUGGAAGCCAGCUUUGGGCUGGGCUCGGGGCAGGACCACUUCAUCAAGGACUCUCAGUGGGAGCAGCACACAGAGAUCUUCUACACCUCCUACAAGAAGUACCUGGACAGGGAGUGGCAGGAGGAGCCACUCAGUACGGCCACCUUCCAUUUCCUCCCUCCGAGCCGCGCGAUAUCAGCAGAAGUCAGAAGCUCCUCAGGAGUGGCCUCUGUUCUUGGCAUACACUGGACCGGAAGUCACAAUUUCUUCCUGUACUCACUGAGCCGAAACCCAAAGGAUAAAGUUGACCCCGAGAGCGUGUGGCCCUGUGCUGCGCCCAUUGCGGUCUCCCAGCUCGGUGUCUCCUCUUCCUACCUGGUGCUGGCCUGUGAGGACGGCGUGCUGAUGUUGUGGGACCUAGCGGAAGGAUUCCCCCUGGGGGUUAUUGCUCUUCCUGAGGGAUGCUCCUGUCAAAGCAUUCACCUCUUAAGAUUCUUCUUGGUCCACAAUAACCAGAACAUGUAUCCUGAGGUGCCAGUGAAAUCCCAGGUGAAAUGUGUGGUGCUGGGGACCGACGCUUCCCUGUACCUGGUGACAGCCAGCGGGACCCAAAGCCCUACCCUCAGUGUGCUUGUGGAGAGUCCUGUGAAGUACCCAGAAGAAGCCAUCUGUGCCGUGGCCCCAGUCCCAGCCUUGCCUGGCAUGGUACUGAUCUUUGCCAAGAACGGCUCUGUGAACCUCAUGGACGUGGCCAAGGCUAAAGUUGUCUGUGGCUUUGCUCCCCCCAGAUGUCAGGAGCUGGCAGACCCCUGUAAUCCACUGUUUGUUGUGUCCUCACACCAUCCGUGUUUCCUGCUCCAAGGAGCCCAUCCACAUGGUGAAACCACACCCGCUAAUAAUACUGAAGAUAUCCAAAACUCUAUUUUUUAUUUUGACUUUGAGGCCUACCCACUCCUGGAAAAUAUCUCCAAAAAUCACACCAUUCCACAAAAGGACUUGACAAAAAACAAGGACUUCCCCCUGGUGUUGCCGCUGGAGAAAAGAUGUGAGCACCUCCUCCAGAGCACCUUCCAGAGGCUGAAGUACCAGGAGGAAGGGCACGAGCCAUGGGGCCGGCUUCGGAGGUACUCCCUGAUUCUCCAGAAAGAGAACUGA